CAGCUGCAGCACCACCAACCACAACUUUGACGCCAAACUGAGCCGAGCCUCGUCGCUGUACCAGGGACCCAGCAACGGCUUCCCGAGAGGAACGUUCAGGAUCAGCACCUCCGGUCUGAACACCACCCGCAGAGCAGCAUUCAGAUCCACUAAGAGCACGUUGUCGAUUCAGUCUGACGAGGACAACGACUCGGACGAUGACGUGCCGAACGUUGAAAAAGUCUCCAGAAGCUGUCGGCCGGAGAAUCCUCUGGGGACUCGCAGAGACAAGAUGAACGCCGGAGCGGGUCUGGCAGACAUCGAUCCCAUGGCCAUCGACCAAUCGGUGGGGUUCGACAGCAUCGGAGGUCUGUCGGGUCACAUCUCAGCUCUGAAGGAGAUGGUCGUCUUCCCGCUUCUCUACCCAGAAGUCUUUGACAACUUCCACAUCCAGCCUCCCAGAGGUUGCCUGUUUUAUGGACCUCCUGGGACGGGGAAAACGCUGGUCGCCCGGGCGCUGGCCAAUGAGUGUAGCCACGGCAACAGGAAGGUGGCCUUCUUUAUGAGGAAGGGAGCGGACUGCCUCAGCAAGUGGGUGGGCGAGUCCGAGCGGCAGCUGCGGCUGCUGUUUGAGCAGGCGUAUCAGAUGCGUCCGUCCAUCGUCUUCUUUGACGAGAUCGACGGCCUGGCUCCGGUCCGAUCCAGCAGACAGGACCAGAUACACAGCUCCAUCGUGUCGACGCUCCUGGCUCUGAUGGACGGGUUGGACAGCCGAGGCGAAGUCGUCGUCAUCGGAGCGACAAACCGCCUGGACUCCAUCGAUCCGGCGCUGCGACGGCCCGGACGCUUCGACAGGGAGUUCCUCUUCGGGCUGCCUGACAGAGAGUCUCGUAAAGAGAUUCUGAAAAUCCACACCAGGCCGUGGAAACCUCGUCCGUCGGAAGAUUUCCUUGACGAGCUGGCCGAGAAAUGUGUCGGUUACUGCGGCGCUGACAUCAGGGCGGUGUGCACCGAGGCGGCGCUGUGCGCUCUGCGCCGCCGCUACCCGCAGAUCUACGCCACCUCCCAGAAGCUCCUCCUGGACGUCUCCUCCAUCGCCAUUGGCAGCUGCGACUUCGUGGCGGCCAUGAGGAAGAUGUCGCCGGCCUCGCAGCGCUCCGCUGCCUCGCCGGCCAAGCCGCUCUCGCCCGUGGUUCAGCCGCUGCUGGGCGGCGCCCUGCGGGACAUCCUGGAGGCUCUGCAGAGGCUGUUCCCGCACGCCGAGCUGGGGAUGAAGAGGAAGAGGGAGCCGGAUCUGACCUCUGGUAUCCUUGACGACGACCUGUACGGAGGAGACGAUGCCUCCAGCACAUCCAGCAUCUCCGCCCCCUCCACCUCCACGAGCAGACACUUCCUGCAUUUUGCCAGGAGUGCAGUCAAACACCCAACGUCCCACCGUCCCAGGAUGCUCCUGGCAGGGCGUCCCGGUGCCGGUCAGACCUCCCAUCUGGCUCCUGCCGUUCUGCACGCUCUGGAGCGCUUCCCCGUCCACAGUCUGGACUCGGCCGUGCUGUUUGGAGUCAGCAGCACCUCGCCGGAGGAAGCCUGCGCCCAGGUGUUCUGCGAGGCCAAGCGGACGUCUCCCAGCAUCCUCUACCUGCCCCACAUCCAGCAGUGGUGGGACACUGCCACGUCCUCGUUGAGGGCGUCCUUCCUCAGCCUGCUGGGAAGCAUCCCCUCCCUCUCCCCCAUCCUCCUCCUCGCCACCUGCAGCGUCCCCCGACAACAGCUGGACCCAGAGAUUCAGCUUCUGUUCCGGGAGGAGUACGGGGAGGUGUACACCGUCAGCGUUCCCAUGCGACUGGAGAGGACCGACUUCUUCCGGGACCUCAUCCUGAACCAGGCGGCCGAGCCUCCGCCCUCCACCAAAAGAGCACUGACUCAGGCCAUGGAGAUCCUUCCCCUGGCUCCGCUGCCUCCCCCCCGCCAGCUGCCGGAGCAGGACCGCCUCCAUCUGGAGGAGCAGGAGGAGGACGUGCUGCGGGAGCUCCGCCUCUUCCUGCGCAACGUCACCGAGCGUCUGAGUCUGGACCGCCGCUUCAAGGCCUUCACCAAACCGGUCGACAUCGAGGAGGUCCCGGACUACAUGUUGGUGAUCAGGAAGCCCAUGGACUUGUCCACGCUGCUGACCAACAUCGACGAGCAGAAGUACGUCACCGUCGGCGAGUUCGUGUCGGACGCCGACCUCAUCUGGCAGAACGCCCUCGAGUACAACCCGGACAGCGACCCCAUGGACCGUCACAUCCGUCACCGUGCGUGCGCCCUGAAGGACACGGUGCGCGCCAUCAUCCGAGACGAGCUGGACGAAGACUUUGAGAGAGUCUGCGAGGAAGUCAAGGAGUCGCGCAUCAAGAGAGCGUCUCUCUGCGGGCCGCAGGGCGGCUCGGAGGAGGCCGACGGCAUCUGCAGCUCGACCAGAAACAGCCCUGGACAAGAGCGUAGCAGCUGUGAGACGAGAGCCGACGUGGCCGCCCUGGAGCAGAUGCAGCUGUUCAGCAGAGCCGGGUGCGCGGAGAUCCCGGACGGGGAAACGCCGCCGCUGGUCGUCGAUCACAGCAAGCUGAGGGAUCUCCUCAGCAGAGCCGUGGCGAGGACCGAGCGUGCCGAGGUGGAGGCGCUGGAGAAGCUUUACGCCGUGCUGGCUCAGUGCAUCUACAGACACCGACACGCCUACGACAAGACGCAGCUCGCCAAGGAAAUGAAGAAAGAAAUUGACGGCUCCUCCUGAUCUUGCCCAUCAGCUCUAUUUUAAUAAAACCUCAGCUCAUUCAAACAGGACGUUGUUAAUUCCUCAUUUUGAUAACGACACAUCAGUUUGACCUCAGUAUUUAUUUAUUUAUUCCGUUUGAUGUUAUUUAUAA